AUGGAGUUGAUGGUGAAUGAGGUAACAAGUGAGUGAGUCUGCAGUGUAUUGACUGUCUUCGGCCCAAGAGUGUGGGGAGCUGCUAACGUCAACAGCAACCCAGAUAAGGGGGAUUAGAAAAGAGGGGUACAGGGAGAUAGACAAACAGUGACAGAGGAUGGAGAGUGAAAGAGUGAGACACUUGGGUAUAAAGACAUAAUGAAGGGAGAGACAAUUAGGGCUGGAAGUUAGAUGGAGUGAGAGACAAAAAUGGUAAGAUAAAGAAAGAUAUACAGAGAGCGGUUGAGAAAUAAAUGACUAGAGAGGUGGAGAGAGUGAGAGAAAGGCAUACCAUAUUGCCAUAUUAAAUUGAGUGUGUGUGAAUGUGAGUGUGUGUGUGUGUGUGUGUGUGUGUUUGUCCCUGCUGUGAAGGGAGUUCACUGGUACAGGACGUGCUCUUGAAAAUGAUCAACUAUAAAAAAUAAAAAAAACAAGAGAGAUUUAUCACUUUUAUGUCUCACACGGGCCCACUGCUGAGCUCUCUCUCGCUCUUUUUCUAUUUCUCUCUCGCUCUCUCUCUCUCUCUCUGAGAGAAAGAUAAAGCUGAGAGAACAUUCUGUGUGUGUGUAUGUUUGUGUGUGCUAGACUCUUAAAUCCCUUGAGAUUAUGGUUCAGGCCGUUAACGAUGCAAUCGUUAUGAUGGUCAAAUACCUGAUAUAUUGUAUGUCUAGAAAGAUGUGUGUGCGUGUUGAUACACACACACAUACAAAGAUUAUGUGUACCUGUUCGAGAGGAUUUGCUCCAGUCCGAGCCCUCAGGCUAUGAUUACACUCUGACAAAUGAGCUCCGAUGUUAGGAGCAGCAAACCAUCAUCAUCACAAAUCACCACUUUGGCUCGCUUAUUUCACAAAAUAUAGUCUGGUAUUCAGUAAAUGUUUGAGGAAUACAAUUCGUCUCAACCCAUAAACUAAACAUAAUCUCACCCUUUCAGAUCCCUUAACAUCAUGCUCUCUCUCCUCAUCCCCCUCUCCUCUCUCUUUCUCUCCUCACCCCCCUCUCCUCUCUCUUUCUCUCCUCAUCCCCCUCUCCUCUCUCUUUCUCUCCUCACCCCCUCUCCUCUCUCUUUCUCUCCUCAUCCCCCUCUCCUCUCUCUUUCUCUCCUCAUCCCCCUCUCUCCUCUCUCUCUCUCUCGGCCAGGUGAGGAUGACGAGGAUGAAGAGUGCGGUGAGGAGAAGCUGCCGUCCUGCUUCGACUACGUCAUGCACUUCCUCACCGUCUUCUGGAAGGUUCUGUUUGCGUUCGUGCCCCCGACAGACUACUGGAACGGCUGGGCCUGCUUCGUGGUGUCCAUCUGUAUGAUCGGCCUGCUCACAGCCUUCAUCGGGGACCUGGCCUCCCACUUCGGCUGCACCGUGGGCCUCAAGGACUCUGUCACCGCCGUGGUGUUCGUGGCCCUGGGGACCUCUGUGCCAGGUAAUAUUAUAUACUAACACUGGUGUUUAUGCUAGAUUUACUUGCUUUGUAAUGGUUAUGGUGGCACUCCUUUUACAGUAGCAUUUAACCUAGAUUAUGUAAUGAUUGUGGUAAUGCUUUUCCUACACAGGUCCUCUAGAUUUAGGGCUUGAUUCAAUCUGUAUCACAGAAGUUCAGCACUAUAGCGUCAUUUACACUGCUUACACCCCAGCUAGAUACUGUUUACAUGUGUACAUGACAUGUUAGUCAAUAGCUGAUGCUCUGUUCCUGAGCAGCUUAACAUCAAUGUAUACAAGUGAGCGGGUUAAACAAGAGCCUAAAUAAAUACACAUGUAACAUCAGUUCAAUACCUCACAGCUACCAUGGCAUACACUUCACACUGCUAUGAUAAAUACUAGAACUAAGUGCACAACCAGAAGUGUGUGGAAUGGAAAACGUUGAAACUGAGUAACUGCUAGUAGGAGAGGGGUCAGGCGUGGGUUAGGGGUCAGGCGUGGGUUAGGGGUCAGGCGUGGGUUAGGGGUCAGGCGUGGGUUAGGGGUCAGGCGUGGGUUAGGGGUCAGGCGUGGGUUAGUCCAGAAGAUGGCUGAUGUCUUUAGAGGCAGAAGAUGGGCAGUGACUCAGAUGUGGAGUCAAACAAACACACACACACACAAGCACACACACACAGAGACACACACAUUGCUCUUUGCGGUUUUGACUGUUGCAGCAGCCUGACUAGCUUUAGUCAUCGACCUUCCCCCAGGUGUGAUGGAAUGUUUCUCCAUGAGUUUCACACUCUGUACAGAGUAUACACACAUAAGCACACAUCUCAAUAGCUUUCAACUGGUACUGAUACAGUACUUAGCUAAUUAGCUAAUUAGCACUCAGUCCAUGUAUUAUACACUGAGCUGCUUCACAGACCUGCUGACCAGCCAGCCACUGUAACUCACUCAGGACUCACCGCUCUGACACUUCUAGACAAUACUCCUGAAAUACUGUUCCCCUCACUUCACUAGUACUUUAAACCACAUUUCACUAGCACAAAGGACAAAGAGGUGUAGAGAAACAUUACAAGCAGUUAAUAUUGUUUGUCAUUCUGUUUGUUUGCACGAAGCAUGUUGUGUGUGCAUGUGUAACUUUCCAACAGAGUACACACGUAUGUAGUGGCCUCCUAAUUUUAACCCUGCCUCCCCAUGCUCACACAAACACACACCGCUUCGUUGCUCCGCCACCCGUGUUCAUUAGUAUGGAGUCAUUUUGAAUGGGGCUCAGGUGUGUGUAGUGUCAUGCCCUUUAGUGUUCAGGGGCAUGAAUAUGAUGCAUUACACUACACAGGAGCAUAAACAAUAACCGAGGGAGUUAAGCUAGCAUUAGCCGCCGUAGCGUUGUGCUGCUGUGCUGUGUAAAUGGACCCUGCUGGAGCCCUCACACCACACCUCUCGCCCCACUGUAAUUAUAGUCAAUAUAAAGGCAUACCACAGCCACACGUCUCAAUGAGCCUCGUUUGUCAUGUUUUUUUUAGUAGGUAGAUCAGCUUUAAUAUUGCAUAUAGAUUGUAACUUCCAUCAAUGAUAUAAGACAUGAAGGUCAAUCAAUACGGAAUAUUUGGCCUUCUGGAGACUAGUUGAGUAUCUGGAGCAUCAGCAAUUGUGGGUUCGAUUACAGGCUCAAAAUGGCCAGAAACAAAUAACUUUCUUCUGAAACUCAUCAGUCUAUUCUUGUUCUGAGAAAUGAAGGCUAUUCCAUGCGAGAAAUUGCCAAGAAACUGAAGAUCUCGUACAACGCUGUGUACUACUCCCUUCUCACAAGGGUGUAGUACAUUUUGAGUCUGUAAUCGAACCCACAAUUGCUGAUGCUCCAGAUACUCAACUAGUCUUAAGGCCAGUUUUAUUGCUUCUUUGCUUCACAGUUUUCAGCUGUGCUAACAUAAUUGCAAAAGUUUUUCUAAUGAUCAUUUAGCCUUUUAAAAUGAUAAACUUGGAUUAGCAAACACAACGUGCCAUUAGAACACAGGACUGAUGGUUGCUGAUAAUGGGCCUCUGUACGCCUAUGUAGAUAUUCCAUUAAAAAUCAGCAGUUUCCAGCUACAAUAGCCAUUUACAACAUUAACAAUGUCUACACUGUAUUUCUGAUCAAUUUGAUGUUAUUUUAAUGGACAAUUAUUUUAGUUUAUUUUUUAAACAAGGACAUUUCUAAGUGACCCCAAACUUUUGAACGGUAGUGUACAUAUAAACAUAUAUAUAUAUAUAUAUAUAUUUACAUCGUUUGUCAUGGUUACUCCUGAGUGGCGCAGUGGUCUAAGGCACUGCAUCGCAGUGCUAACUGUGCCACUAGAGAUCCUGGAUCGAAUCCAGGCUCUGUCGCAGCCGGCCGUGACCGGGAGACUCAUGGGCGGCGCACAAUUGGCCCAGCGUCGUCCAGGGUAGGGGAGGGAAUGGCCGGCAGGGUAGGGGAGGGAAUGUAGCUCAGUUGAUAGAGCAUGGUGUUUGCAACGCCAGGGUUGUGGGUUUGAUUCCCACAGGGGGCCAGUAUAAAAAAAAUAUGUAUUCACUAACUGUAAGUCGCUCUGGAUAAGAGCGUCUGCUAAAUGACUAAAAUGUAAAUGUAAAUGUUAGUGAGCCGGAGAAGAACAUCAGCAGCCCAAAUAAAAGUAACAUAGAGGGAGGUCAGAUUGUGUGUGAGUGUGUGUGAGUGUGUGUUUGUGUGUGUGUGUGUGUGUGUGGUGUGUGCGUGCACGUGCGCGAGCGCGUCUGUGUCUGUGGGUUUGUGUGCAUGUGAGUGAGUGUGUGUGCGUGCAUGUGUGAGUAUUUCGAAAUAAAUGGAGUAUGAUAAAGAGCACACUAAGGAGAAUAUGUACAGUUGAAGUCGGAAGUUUACAUACACAUUACAUUUACAUUUUAGUCAUUUAGCAGACGCUCUUAUCCAGAGCGACUUACAGUUAGCGCAUACAUUAUUUUAUCGAACCCACAACCCUGGCGUUGCAAACGCCAUGCUCUACCAACUGAGCUACAUAGCCAAAUACAUUUAAACUCAGUUUUUCACAAUUCCUGACAUUUAAUCCUAGUAAAUAUUCCCUGUCUUAGGUCAGUUAGGAUCACCACUUUAUUUUAAGAAUGUGAAAUAUCAGAAUAAUAGUAGAGAGAAUGAUUUAUUUCAGCUUUUAUUUCUUUCAUCACAUUCCCAGUGGGUCAGAAGUUUACAUACACUCAAUUAGUAUUUGGUAGCAUUGCCUUUAAAUUGUUUAACUUGGGUCAAACGUUCCGGGUAGCCUUUCACAAGCUUCCCACAAUAAGUUGGGUGAAUUUUGGCCCAUUCUUCCUGACAGAGCUGGUGUAACUGAGUCAGGUUAGUAGGCCUCCAUGCUUGCAAACGCUUUUUCAGUUGUGCCCACAAAUGUUCUAUAGGAUUGAGGUCAGGGCUUUGUGAUGGCCACUCCAAUACCUUGACUUUGUUGUCCUUAAGCCAUUUUGCCACAAAUUUGGAAGUAUGCUUGGGGUCAUUGUCCAUUUGGAAGACCCAUUUGCGACCAAGCUUUAACUUCCUGACUGAUGUCUUGAGAUGUUGCUUCAAUAUACAGUGGGGAAAAAAAGUAUUUAGUCAGCCACCAAUUGUGCAAGUUCUCCCACUUAAAAAGAUGAGAGAGGCCUGUCAUUUUCAUCAUAGGUACACGUCAACUAUGACAGACAAAUUGAGAUUUUUUUUUACAGAAAAUCACAUUGUAGGAUUUUUAAUGAAUUUAUUUGCAAAUUAUGGUGGAAAAUAAGUAUUUGGUCACCUACAAAGAAGCAAGAUUUCUGGCUCUCACAGACCUGUAACUUCUUCUUUAAGAGGCUCCUCUGUCCUCCACUCGUUACCUGUAUUAAUGGCACCUGUUUGAACUUGUUAUCAGUAUAAAAGACACCUGUCCACAACCUCAAACAGUCACACUCCAAACUCCACUAUGGCCAAGACCAAAGAGCUGUCAAAGGACACCAAAAAACAAAAUUGUAGACCUGCACCAGGCUGGGAAGACUGCAUCUGGAAUAGGUAAGCAGCUUGGUUUGAAUAAAUCAACUGUGGGAGCAAUUAUUAGGAAAUGGAAGACAUACAAGAUCACUGAUAAUCUCCCUCGAUCUGGGGCUCCAUGCAAGAUCUCACCCCGUGGGGUCAAAAUGAUCACAAGAACGGUGAGCAGAAAUCCCAGAACCACACGGGGGGACCUAGUGAAUGACCUGCAGAGAGCUGGGACCAAAGUAACAAAGCCUACCAUCAGUAACACACUACGCCGCCAGGGACUCAAAUCCUGCAGUGCUAGACGUGUCCCCCUGCUUAAGCCAGUACAUGUCCAGGCCCGUCUGAAGUUUGCUAGAGUGCAUCCAGAAGAGGAUUGGGAAAAUGUCAUAUGGUCAGAUGAAACCAAAAUAGAACUUUUUGGUAAAAACUCAACUCGUCGUGUUUGGAGGACAAAGAAUGCUGAGUUGCAUCCAAAGAACACCAUACCUACUGUGAAGCAUGGGGGUGAAAACAUCAUGCUUUGGGGCUGUUUUUCUGCAAAGGGACCAGGAUGACUGAUCCGUGUAAAGGAAAGAAUGAAUGGGGCCAUGUAACGUGAGAUUUUGAGUGAAAACCUCCUUCCAUCAGCAAGGGCAUUGAAGAUGAAACGUGGCUGGGUCUUUCAGCAUGACAAUGAUCCCAAACACACCGCCCGGGCAACGAAGGAGUGGCUUCGUAAGAAGCAUUUCAAGGUCCUGGAGUGGCCUAGCCAGUCUCCAGAUCUCAACCCCAUAGAAAAUCUUUGGAGGGAGUUGAAAGUCUGUGUUGCCCAGCGACAGCCCCAAAACAUCACUGCUCUAGAGGAGAUCUGCAUGGAGGAAUGGACCAAAAUACCAGCAACAGUGUGUGAAAACCUUGUGAAGACUUACAGAAAACGUUUGACCUGUGUCAUUGCCAACAAAGGGUAUAUAACAAAGUAUUGAGAAACUUUUGUUAUUGACCAAAUACUUAUUUUCCACCAUAAUUUGCAAAUAAAUUCAUAAAAAAUCCUACAAUGUGAUUUUCUGGAUUUUUUUUUCUCAUUUUGUCUGUCAUAGUUGACGUGUACCUAUGAUGAAAAUUACAGGCCUCUCUCAUCUUUUUAAGUGGGAGAACUUGCACAAUUGGUGGCUGACUAAAUACUUUUUUCCCCCACUGUAUCCACAUAAUUUUCCUUCCUCAUGAUGCCAAAUUUGUGAAGUGCACCAGUCCCUCCUGCAGCAAAGCACCCCCACAGCAUGAUACUGCCACCCCCGUGCUUCAUGGUUGGGAUGGUGUUCUUCGGCUUGCAAGCAACCACCUUUUUCCUCCAAACAUAACGAUGGUCAUUAUGACCAAACAGUUCUAUUUUUGUUUCAUCAGACCAGAGGACAUUUCUCCAAAAAGUACGAUCUUUGUCCCCAUGUGCAGUUGCAAACCGUAGUCUGGCUUUUUUAUGGCGGUUUUGGAGCAGUGGCUUCUUCCUUGCUGAGCGGCCUUUCAGGUUAUGUCGAUAUAGGACUCGUUUUUACUGUGGAUAUAGAUACUUUUGUACCUGUUACCUCCAGCAUCUUCACAAGGUCCUUUGCUGUUGUUCUGGGAUUGAUUUGCACUUUUCACACCAAAGUACGUUCAUCUCUAGGAGACAGAACGCGUCUCCUUCCUGAGCGGUAUGACGGCUGCGUGGUCCCAUGGUGUUUAUACUUGCGUACUAUUGUUUGUACAGAUGAACGUGGUACAUUCAGGCAUUUGGAAAUUGCUCGCAAGGAUGAACCAGACUUGUGGAGGUCUACAAUUUCUUUUCUGAGGUCUUGGCUGAUUUCUUUUGAUUUUCCCAUGAUGUCAAGCAUAGAGGCACUGAGUUUGAAGGUAGGCCUUGAAAUAGAUCCACAGGUACACCUCCAGGUACACCUACAAUCAGAAGCUUCUAAAGCCAUGACAUAAUUUUCUGGAAUUUUCCAAGCUGUUUAAAGGCACAGUCAACUUAGUGUAUGUAAACUUCUGACCCACUGGAAUUGUGAUACAGUGAAUUAUAAGUGAAAUAAUAUGUCUGUGAACAAUUGUGGGAAAAAUUGUGUUAUGCACAAAGUAGAUGUCCUAACCGACUUGCCAAAACUAUAGUUUGUUAUCAAGAAAUUUGUGGAGUGGUUGAAAAACACGUUUUAAUGACUCCAACCUAAGUGUAUGUAAACGUAGGUUGGAGAUUUACUUCAACUGUAAAUCUCUGCAUUUAGUCAUGCAAUACAAAAGUUACCCUUGUACUGUAUAUACAGAACACCAAAAAGUACAUUGGUCUCAAGGGUGUUUUCCAUCCUACAUGUGGCUUUGCUAAUGUAUGGUUAAUUAAUAGGACUGUAGGGAAAGUGUUGAACAACCCUUCCCAGGCAUACUGCUGGCACACUGCCCUCCUGGGCUCACACACACGCACACACACACACAUCUGAAUAUGUGUCAGAAGUUAAGACAGCGAGCCUCUUCUUUCGAGACUUUCCUCAGAAAGCGGCAGGUCUAAAUAUAGGUCCAACUGUUGUCACGUCCCUCUCUCUGGCCAAUUAGCACCGCCACCUCUGUGUUGACGUUUACUACUUCACAAAGUGGAGUCUUUCUGGUUCGAACUCUCUCUGUGCUAGGUUGAUACACUUUGAAGGUGUUAUGAAAAACGACUGGGUAUUUAGUGAAAGUCGCUCCCUGUUUUUUAUCAGUGCAGGUAGAGGGACGUUUAAACAUGUCUUGCUAUUUCCACGAACCUACUGUACAUGUAGUUGUUUCUAAUGCUAUGGACUGCUCCUCUAUAGGGCCUUACUAGGCAAACAGCCAAUGGUUGAUAGAAUGGGAGAUCCAACCAAGACGUCCAUCUGUAGGCGUGAGCAUGACAUUUAUCAUGGAGGUGUGGAUAGGUUAUGGGGUGCACAGUCACAGUCAGUCCUAACACAUCUAGAGAAAAGAGAAGCUCUCCACUGUCCUUCCUGACUCACUAAAACCAUGAUUGGAUAGUAGGAGUGUGGGAGCAUCGAUUCAUGUGAGAACACCCCCAGCACACAGGAUGUGACAUCAUCAGCAUCACUUCCUCCUGGCUUUGUCAGGAAGGGACAGCAGCGACGGACAAGGGCAUGGAGGCCUAAUUGCCAUAGUAACUGAUAUAGCCAUUAGAGGCAGCUGCGGCAGAGAGAGGCUGUUGCUGCAUGUUAAUAGGACCGGAGAGAGCAGCAGAUGUGUGGUAGGCAGUUAAAUGGCUGGUGAUUGUAGGGCUUGUCAAAGAUAACAGUCUCCACUGUGACUGUGUGAUGUCACAGCCAGGAAGUGAUUAGCAGUCAAGCUCUUAUCAUAGAGAUGGAACUGGGAGGUAUAAAACAGUGCUCAGACGGCAGGAGCUUAUACCUUUUUCUAUCUGCUUUAGAAAAGCAAUUUUCUUGGCGUUAGAGAGGACCCAGGUUUAACUGUACAGGCUCUUGAUAGGGCAGAGGAGAUUGAAUAUGUGGUGUAGGAUAGAGAGGAGCAAUAAGAAGGACAGCACAGUCACACAGAGACGUUCUAUCUGCCCUCACACACUGCUCUCUAUCCUUACACAAUCACAGCCGCCAAGUGGACUGCAGUGUGUGUGUGGGUAUGCAUGUGGCAGUGCUGGAAACCACUGCCUGGGGUUGGACACAGCGCACGCACGAGCACACACACACACCAUGCAGGGACAAACAAUCCCUCUAUUUCAUCUGACAGGACAUACUGUGCCAUUCUAGACUCUGCCUCCAUCUCCUACAGUCAUACACUCCUUGCUACACAAAUCCCCCUCCCAUAUCGGAGUCCAAAGGGUAGCUGCAGUAGUCCCCACCCUGUUGUGUGUGUGCUUGCGUGCAUUUCCCUUAUAUAGAUGCUCUGGUUUGUGUUGUCGAGAACUGUGAGGCUGCGGCGUUCCCAGAGUCAGAGCACCACACACUGCCCCUCCCCUCCCUCCCUCCCUCCCUCCUCCCUUCCUUCCUUCCUUCCUUCCUUCCUUCCUUCCUUCCUUCCUUCCUUCCUUCCUUCCUUCCUUCCUUCCUUCCUUCCUUCCUUCCUUUCUUCCUUUCUUCCUUCCUUCCUUCCCUCCCUCCAUCCCUCCCUCCCUCCCUCCCUCCCUCCAUCCAUCCCGCCCGCCCUCCCUCCCUCCCUCCCUCCCUCCCUCCAUCCCUCUAUCCCCUCCCCUCCCUCCAUUCUUCCCUUCCUCCCCUCCAUCCAUUCCUCCUUCCCUUCCCUUCUCAGUAAAGAUGCGCAGUAUGAUGAUCAGUGCAGACAUUUACAAGGCAACUCCUGUCUGUUCUACAUCAGCGAGAGAGCCUUUUGUCCAGCCUGCCGCACAAAUCCUGCUGCACUGCCAACGCCUGGAUCAGUCUACUGUACUGCAGCUCUCUCGCUCUCUCACAGAUGUCUAAACACACCACACUAUCUCUGUACAGAGAAGAUUGAAGACAUUGCGAGUUUUAAUGUCACAUGCACAAGGACAGUGAAAGGACUUUCUUGCAAGCUCUAACCCCAACAAUGUAAUACAAAAAAUAACAAGGUAGAACAAAAACACACAAGAAAUAGAAGAGCUGUCCUUGAACAAUAAAAGGGCCAGAAGAAGUGAUUGCUCUCAUUUAACCAAUCAAUUUAUUCAGAAAGAGUCAGAGAGACAGAAAGAGAUAGAGGUGAGAGAUAUUUUUUAAAUAAACUAAUAUCUUGUAGCAGAAAUGUAACUUACAGUUAAACUGUAUUGUAGAUGGCUGCUUCAUGACUCUGUACGUAGAGCGCAUUCGGAAAGUAUUCAGACCCCUUGACUUUUUCCACAUUUUGUUACGUUACAGCCUUAUUCUAAAAUUGAUUAAAUUGUAUUUUUUCAUCAAUUUACACACAAUACCCCAUAACGACAAAGCGAAAACAGGAUUUUAGAAAUUUUAGCAAAUUAAUAAAAAAUUAAAAUGUAUUUACAUAAAUAUUCAGACCCUUUGAUAUGAUAAUUGAAAUUGAGCUCAGGUGCAUGCUGUUUUCAUUGAUCAUCCUUCAGAUGUUUCUACAACUUGAUAGGAGUCCACCUGUGGUAAAUUCAAUUGAUUGGACAUGAUUUGGAAAGGCACACACCUGUCUAUAUAAGGUCCCACAGUUGACAGUGCAUGUCAGAGCAAAAACCAAGCCAUGAGGUUGAAUGAAUUGUCGUAGAGCUCUGAGACAGGAUUGUGUCAAGGCACAGAUCUGGGGAAGGGUACCAAAACAUUUCUGCAGCAUUGAAGGUCCCCAAAAACACAGUGGCCUCCAUCAUUCUUAAAUAGAAGAAGUUUGGAACCACCAAGACUCUUCCUAGAGCUGGUCGCCCAGCCAAGAGCCUUGGUCAGGGAGGUGAACAAGAACCUGAUGGUCACUCUGACAGAGCUCUAGAGUUCCUCUGUGGAGAUGGGAGAACCUUCCAGAAGGACAACCAUCUCUGCAGCAUUCCACCAAUCAGGCCUUUAUGGUAGAGUGGCCAAAUGGAAGCCACUCCUCAGUAAAAGGCACAUGACAGCCCGCUUGGAGUUUGCCAAAAGGCACCUAAAGACUCUCAGACCAUGAGAAACAAGAUUCUCUGGUCUGAUGAAACCAAGAUUGAACUCUUUGGCCUGAAUGCCAAGUGUCACGUCUGGAGGAAAUCUGGCACCAUUCCUACGGUGAAGCAUGGUGGUGGCAGCAUCAUGCUGUGGGGAUGUUUUUCAGUGGCAGGGACUGGGAGACUAGUCAGGAUCGAGGGAAAGAUGAACGGAGCAAAGUACAGAGAGAUCCUUGAUGAAAACCUGCUCCAGAGUGCUCAGGACCUCAGACAGGGGCGAAGGUUCACCUUCCAACAGGACAACGACCCAAAGCACACAGCCAAGACAACGCAGGAGUGGCUUCGGGACAAGUCUCUGAAUGUCCUUGAGUGGCCCAGCCAGAGCCUUGACUUGAACCUGAUCGAACAUCUCUGGAGAGACCAGAAAAUAGCUUUGCAGCGACGAUCCCCAUCCAACCUGACAGAGCUUGAGAGGAUCGGCAGAGAAGAAUGGGAGAAACUCCCCAAAUACAGGUGUGCCAAACUUGUAGCGUCAUACCUAAGAAGACUCAAGGCUGUAAUCGCUGCUUCAACAAAGUAUUGAUUAAAGGGUCUGAAUACUUAUGUAAAUGUGAUAUUUCCGUUUUCUUGAAUUAAUCAAUUUGCUAAACUUUCUAAAAACCAGUUUUUGCUUUGUCAUUAUGGGGUAUUGUGUGUGGAUGGAUGAGGAAAAAUAUAUAUUUAAUCAAUUUUAGAAUAAGGCUGUAACGUAACAAAAUGUGGAAAAAGUCAAGGGUCUGAAUACUUUCCGAAUGCACUGUAGCUGUAUACUUCCCAGGGUAAUUUCAUGUUUUCAUGUGAAUUUGAGCUAAUCGCCAUUCAAGCAGAAAGAAAUACAGCCGGUAUGACGAGUUUUGCAUCGUGUGAUAGAACAUCACUCAGAGAUGCACAAAAUGAUCUAACAUUCAAAAUGGGUUAUACAUUUAUUUUAUGUUUUUCAAUCAUAUUUCUUCCUGGGUCUUGGUCCAGUGGUUUUCCAGCUCAGUGCAAGGCCAGAGUGGCCAGUCGGCAGGCAUGGGAUCAAGGGACAAGUACCUGUGAGUACUAUCCAGUCACUGGACCAGAGAUUGAUUACUUUUAAGUGAUAAAUCUUCCUCAGUUACACGUUACAGCUCUCAGACCGGUGUCUGUGUGUCGGUCUGUGUUUUCUUGUUUCAAGCAGAACUAAGCUUUUUUGUGAAGCGAUGGAUAAUAAAGGUCAUUGCUCAGCAUCUGUUCUAAAUCAACCACAGCUACUGUAUUCACUAUUGUAGUCCAGUAACGUCCACACUUUUUUGCCCAUGUCGGUGCCCGUCUUGUGCCAUGUUGAAGUCAGCAGAGCUAGAUUCCCAGUGAAUAGUGCCACUCGGGGCCAAUGACCAUGGCAUUAUGUCCAGCUGGCUAGAGCCUGAUGCCAGCUCAGUGAAUGGAGUGACCCUGAGGAGUACUUUGUCUCAACCUGGCCUCUCUCGCUCUCUCUCGGGCGCCAGGAAAAUUAAAGGGAAGGGGUGCACAAAGGAAGUGAGGAAGGACUGAGGGACAGAAAGGGGAAUAAAACAGAGUGCUGUGUCACUUGCCAAUGAAAGACAUCUUAAACAUUAGACUAGGUUCCCUGACUUUCUAUGGAAGCAUUUUCUCCUGGCAAGGUAACUGCAACUUAGCAUAAACGGCUGGCUCCUCUCCAGAGAUUGAAUGGUCUCUUCCUGCUGGGCUGCUGUUGUUCCUAGAGCAGACUAGUUAAAUCCAGACACAUAGACGACCAUUUAUGGAGAAGAUUGUGUUUGCCUCAGGUAUUGAUCUGGGUCUGGGGGAAAGAGACCCAGACAGAAGACUUCUGCUGAGACAGAGGUCCUGUCACUGCAACAGUGCCAAUUUUGCUCCCCGAUUAUAGUCUGCAGACAUUAUAUUGAAUAAUGUCUUAUGAAACAAUGCUGUUCAGUGUUCUCUAGACUUUGAAUUAAUAUUUAGCUUUUUUGUUUUGCCUGUCACCCUUCACCCACACCCUCUUCCCCAUAACCAUUCAUUCACCCAAUCCAAUAACCUUUUCCCAAUCUUUAUUGAAUCACACACAUAACACUUACCUUUAACCUCCACCCUCCUCCCCUCCAUCCCCUUCUCCCCUUUCCCCCAGACACCUUUGCCAGUAAGGUCGCAGCCAUCCAGGACCAGUAUGCUGAUGCAUCCAUCGGCAACGUGACGGGCAGCAACGCGGUCAACGUGUUCCUGGGCAUCGGCGUUGCCUGGUCCAUCGCCGCCAUCUACCACAACUCCAAGGGCAACGACUUCAAGGUAGACCCGGGGAGCCUGGCCUUCUCCGUCACCCUCUUCACCAUCUUCGCAUUCAUCUGCGUGGGAGUGCUGAUGUACCGGCGGCGACCUUCGAUCGGCGGCGAGCUGGGGGGUCCGCGGACUCCCAAGAUACUGACCACCAUGCUGUUUGUCAGCCUGUGGCUGCUGUACAUUGUGUUCUCCUCGCUGGAGGUCUACUGCCACUUCAAGGCCUUCUAA